AAAGCGUGUGGUUUGCACGACGUUGCAGAAAGCUACCGUCAUGAAGAAUUACGUUUGUAUGAUAGUGUUGGCAGUCAUUGCCUCAGCUGCUGCCAAUGCAGGAGAUAUCAAAAUAGACUGUUCAAAAGACUCGGUCAACAUAACAUGGACGAUUCCCGCUGAAUUUAUUCCACACGCAACCCGUUUCUUUCUUGGAAGUUGUAUUCCUUCUGAUUUUGCCAUUCUCCAAAGUGGAGAAGCGGAACUAUACUUCAAGCAUAAAUACAUGGACUGCAACUCCAGAAGACGGCCUAAAGGAAAGCGUGUCAUCUACCAGAAUGAGCUGACCUACCGGCCAAAAACCAGAAAUCAUCCAGCAGACUUCACAUAUCCCUUCGAGUGUUAUUCUCACAGAGACCAGAACAAAUGGAUUCCCAAGUUCAAUAGACCUGGAGUGGGGGUCGCAGAAGGCCAUGGGAAUCUGAUUUUCCACCUCGCACUUCUCAAUGAGGACCUAAGUGCAAUCUCCAAGAGCAAUGAGGUUCCGCUGGGCUCCAUGAUGCCCAUUUGGGCUGCGGUGGAACAGAAGUCUCACCAGCCCAUGUUGCUGCUCAUAGACGAGUGUGUGGCGGCAGCCACCCCCGAGCUACAGCCCGCCGGGCAGUAUUACCCGCUCGUUGGGAACCAGGGUUGCCUUUUGGCCAGUACGUGGGGAAACUCAAAAUUUCUACCACGGUAUCAUUCCUCUGCUAUGGUCUUGAACCUGCAGACCUUCAAGCUUGCUUUUACAGACGAGCUCCCGCAGGUUUACAUCAACUGUAAACUGGUCGCAUGGGACCCUGAAGCGCUCGGCGAAGAAAGGAAGGCCUGUAACUACGUGAAGGAAACCGGCAGCUGGGAGCUCCUAGACGACCCCAGCCAGAGCCACCUCUGCAGCUGCUGUGACUCGUCGUGCAAGUACCGCCACAAAAGAGGAGCGGACAAAUCCCGGGGCAUUGCUCAGAAUGUUGUGUUGGGACCACUGCGCUUCGUAAACCCGUCUGACGAAGUGGGCCCCAGAAGCACUUCAAGAUCAGACCUCAAAUAAGGAAUGCCCCGAUCAACGUGACCACUGCAUUACUGAGGGACCCACAACAUGGAGGACCAGUAAUGUCCCCUGGAAUGACCAUUUGAUUGUUAUAAUAAAUAAUUCUACACAAAAGCA